GCGGCUGCCUCGACGCCCCGGUGCGCGUCACCCCCCCGGCGGGGGGCGAUGGCAGAGGCGAGCGUCGGGUGGGCGGCAAUGGAGGGCGACCUGAGUGCGGGGUGGAGAAGAGGGCCCCCCAGGGGCCCCUGAGGGCCCCUUUCGGGUCCCUGCUGGCUCCAGAAGGGUCCCUCGAGGGCUCCUUUUGGACCCUGUGUUUCCACCCCUCACUCGGGCAGGUCGCCCCCCAUCACCACCCGCCCGAAGAGCAAGGACGGGUUGUGGGCGGAGGGGAGUCUCUUGGACAAGGCGGACAAGGCGUUGAGCCGGCCCAUUUUCCAGCUGAGGCUGCCAGAGUUCGCGGAGGUCGCAUUGGCCGUGCCAGGCGCGUGGAUGGGACUCCCGUUCGCGUUCUUGGGCCCCACGCCGUUGUUGUUGGCGUGGCUCUCCGGGAAAGGUGGCCCUUGGGCAGGCCCCGUCGCGGGCGCCAGCUGGAUUGUGGGACUCGUAGCUUUUGCGGGCGGCCUUGCAGGCUGGUGGGGGUCGUCCAAGUCCUUAAAAAUGUCACUUGUGGCCAUGCCUCUCCUCGCCGCCGCUCUGCUGCUGGCAGUGGAGCCUGCGGGGAGGAGCGUGGCGCUCACGAGCUUCUCCUGCUCCUGCCUAGCCGGGCUCGCGACGCUUCCGCCCAAGAGACUGUUCAGACGCAAGCGCCCGAUCGUGGCGUUGGCCAGUCAGGUGACCCAGCGGCGCUCGGUGCUGCUAGGGAAGUACAUGGACACCCUGCUGUCGGAGAACCAGCGUAUGGAAUCGCACCCGUCUGGAGACACCGCCGUAAUGGCGGCCAACGCCGUCGUCUUGUGGGCCAUCGUCGGCGGCGAUACCGCAUUUCCCGUCGCGGUGGCGGCGACGCUCACCUGCGGGUUCGGCCGGAUGUAUUUCUGGGCUCACCACCUUCUCGACGUCACAGUUGGUGGAGCUCUUGGUCUCGCGGUGGCAUUGGCCUGCCUGCGGCUGAAUUUCGGAUCCGGCUGGGGGAGCUGCGCGAUCAGUUAUGUCGGAUUCGUGGUGAGCGCUGCGAUAUACUUAAAGAGUUUGAAGGUGAAGUGA